CGCGGAGUGAGCGAGCGGCGCGGAGCCCAGCGGAGCCUCGGCCGAGUCUCUCCGCAGCAGGCUGCCUGCUGUUUCCCGGGGAGAUCAUGAAACGAGGUCGCCUUCCCAGCAGCAGUGAGGAUUCUGACGACAAUGGCAGUCUAUCAACUACUUGGUCACAGAAUUCCAGAUCCCAGCACAGGAGAAGUUCAUGCUCCAGACAUGAAGAUCGAAAGCCUUCGGAGGUGUUUAGGACCGACCUGAUCACCGCUAUGAAGUUGCAUGACUCCUACCAGCUGAACCCGGAUGAGUACUAUGUGUUGGCAGAUCCCUGGAGGCAGGAGUGGGAGAAAGGGGUCCAGGUCCCGGUGAGCCCUGGGACCAUUCCUCAGCCUGUGGCCAGACCUAAGAAAUACAUUGUAUCUUCGGGCUCUGAGCCUCCAGAGUUGGGCUAUGUGGACAUCCAAACGCUGGCUGACAGUGUGUGUCGCUAUGACCUCAAUGACAUGGAUGCUGCGUGGCUGGAAUUGACCAAUGAAGAAUUUAAGGAGAUGGGAAUGCCUGAACUAGAUGAAUAUACCAUGGAAAGGGUCUUGGAGGAAUUUGAACAGCGAUGCUACGACAAUAUGAACCAUGCUAUCGAGACUGAAGAAGGGCUGGGGAUUGAAUAUGACGAAGAUGUGGUCUGUGAUGUCUGCCAGUCACCUGAUGGUGAAGAUGGCAACGAGAUGGUUUUCUGUGACAAAUGCAACAUCUGUGUGCAUCAGGCCUGUUACGGAAUCCUCAAAGUGCCAGAGGGCAGCUGGUUAUGCCGGACAUGUGCCCUGGGGGUGCAGCCCAAGUGUUUGCUGUGUCCCAAGAAAGGUGGAGCAAUGAAGCCAACCCGCAGUGGAACCAAAUGGGUCCACGUCAGCUGUGCCCUGUGGAUCCCUGAGGUCAGCAUUGGCAGCCCUGAGAAGAUGGAGCCCAUCACCAAGGUCUCACACAUCCCCAGCAGCCGAUGGGCUCUUGUGUGCAGCUUAUGCAAUGAAAAGUUUGGGGCCUCCAUACAGUGCUCUGUGAAGAACUGCCGCACGGCCUUCCAUGUGACCUGUGCUUUCGAUCGGGGCUUGGAGAUGAAGACCAUCUUGGCGGAGAAUGAUGAAGUGAAGUUCAAGUCCUACUGCCCGAAGCACAGCUCACAUAGGAAACCCGAGGAGAAUCGGGGUGAGGGGGCAGCUCAGGAGAAUGGGGCCCCUGAAUGUUCUCCCCGGAACCCGCUGGAGCCCUUUGCCAGUCUGGAGCAGAAUCGGGAAGAGGCCCACCGGGUGAGUGUACGCAAGCAGAAGCUGCAGCAGCUGGAGGACGAGUUCUACACCUUCGUCAACCUGCUGGAUGUGGCCAGGGCCCUGCGGCUGCCCGAGGAAGUGGUGGAUUUCCUGUAUCAGUACUGGAAGUUGAAGAGGAAGGUCAACUUCAACAAGCCCCUGAUUACUCCAAAGAAAGACGAAGAGGACAAUCUAGCGAAGCGGGAGCAGGAUGUCUUGUUUAGGAGGCUGCAGCUGUUCACUCACCUGCGGCAGGACCUGGAGAGGGUUCGGAACCUCACUUACAUGGUGACCCGCAGGGAAAAGAUUAAACGAUCUGUGUGCAAAGUCCAGGAACAGAUAUUCAAUCUUUACACUAAGCUCUUGGAGCAAGAAAGAAUUUCAGGUGUGCCUUCUUCCUCUUGUUCUUCCUCCUCACUGGAAAGCAUGCUGUUGUUUAACAGUGCUUCUGUGGGCCCCGAUGCUCCUAAGAUAGAGGACUUGAAGUGGCAUUCUGCAUUCUUCAGGAAACAAAUGGGUACUUCUUUGGUCCAUUCACUGAAAAAGCCCCACAAGCGAGAUCUCUUGCAGAAUAGUACCAGGAGUGAAGGGAAAGCUCUGCUCAAGCAGCCAGACCUAUGUGGCAGAAGGGAGGGAAUGGUGGGCCCAGAGAGCUUUUUGAGUUUUGAAAAGACCUUUGCAGAAGCACGUAUCAUAUCAGCACAACAGAAAAAUGGUGUGGUGAUGCCAGACCAUGGAAAAAGAAGAGACAAUCGUUUUCAUUGUGAUCUCAUUAAGGGAGAUUUAAAAGACAAACCUUUUAAACAGAGUCACAAGCCUCUCAGGUCCACAGAUGUGUCCCAGAGGCAUCUGGACAACACAAGAGCUGCCACCUCCCCAGGAGUGGGGCAUUUGGCGCCCAGCACCAGGAAGGAGACAGUGCCCAAGUGCAAUGGCUCCCUAGUCAAAGUAAACUAUAACCAGACUGCAGUCAAAGUGCCUACAACACCUGCCAGCCCAGUGAAGAACUGGGGAGGAUUCCGGAUUCCAAAGAAGGGGGAGCGGCAGCAGCAGGGAGAGGCCCACGAGGGGGCCUGCCACCAGCACUCAGACUACUCAUACUUGGGCUUAGGCCGAGUUCCAACCAAGGAAAGGUCAAAAAGCAAAUUAAAAUCCGACAACGAGAAUGAUGGGUAUGUCCCUGAUGUAGAAAUGAGUGACUCAGAGAGCGAGGCGUCAGAAAAGAAAUGCAUACACACCAGCAGCACUAUCACCAGGAGGACAGACAUUAUCAGGAGAAGCAUCUUGGCUUCAUGAAGGAGCAGAGGAAGCUCUGGGAGGCCGUCGGGGGUGUGUGCCCAAAGACAGUACACACACUGGGCACACGGAGGCCCAUCCAUUACUCCUGAGCUAACACAAGCAAAUUUACUUGCAGUCCAGACCAAUUUCUUCCCCUUCGAAUCAUUUAUAAAUCAUUGUGAGAUAUUUGUGUUAUUUUGCAACUUGCCGAGGAAACACGAGAGUAGAUUGUUAACUGUAUGACACUGCUCCAAGUAGAACCCGAAUUCAACACUAAAAAGAGAAUGAACGUAGUUUCAAAGAGGGCAAGGCUUAAAUAAGCCUGGUGAAUUUUUAUUGCCCUCUCGAGUCUUUCCAAAGCACAAAUUCUUGGUUAUCUGAAUAUGUACGGUAUCAAACAUGGUUCUUGAGAAAUUCUCAUGCACCAUUUAAUAAUAGCCCAUAAAACUUCUUUUCCAAGACUGGUAGAUCUUGAAAUCAUAUCUAUACUUUGGCCCACAAGGCUGUUUUUGUUGUGUUAUCAUGUAUAGGCAGCAGCUCAGAGACUUUAGUACAUAGGAAAUUCGUGUAAAUAUAGUAGAUAGGGAAGAGAGAAUUCAAGCAAAGGUCAUUACUGGAAUUGCUGACAGGACAGGAUAGAGCUGCUGCAGUGUGGAGAUCUAGGGUACAUGAUGUAGCACAAGGUCCCUUGGGUGGGUGUCGAUAGACGAUUGGUGGAGAGUAAAGCCAUUAAGAGAGCUCUGUCUAGGAGGAAGGGCAGUUGAGGUCCAAUGUUUACUUAGUCCUCUUGACCCUGCUUUUCCCUAACCACUGGCCCUUGGGCCAAUUUAGGAUUUCCCUAGCCAUUGGCCACAUUUGGCCAUCUGGCUUCCAAUAAUGCAAUGGCUGUUCAAGUUCAGGCUGAGAAACUUCCAGACUGGUGGAUUCAACCACUAGUGCAUAUGUUAGGGAAUCUGGUCUUCCACCAUGAACAGAUUUCUUUAAAAAAA